AUGGUAUUGGAUGCGUACGGUACUGCCGAAAACAAAAUGGCUAAUUUACGUUCGCAGAAAAGAUUGGCAGCAUCAGUUUUGGGCUGUGGUCAAAGAAAGAUCUGGUUGGACCCUAAUGAAACCAGUGAGCUUGCUCAGGCCAACUCCAGAUAUUCCAUCAAGAAAUUGUACAAGAAUGGAACUAUUGUGAAGAAGCCAGUUACCAUGCAUUCGAGAGCUAGUGCCAGAGCUUACGCUGAGGCAAAGAGAGGUGGAAGACACAUGGGUUACGGUAAGAGAAAGGGUACUGCUAACGCCAGAAUGCCAACUGAGGUUUUGUGGAUGAGAAGAUUGAGAGUGUUGAGAAGACAGUUGGCCAAAUACAGAGCCAGUGGUAAGAUUGACAGACAUUUGUACCAUGUUUUGUACAAGUCUUCUAAGGGUAACACUUUCAAGCACAAGAGAGCUCUUAUUGAGCACGUUAUUCAAGCCAAGGCUGAUGCCGCAAGAGAAAAGGCUUUGCAGGCUGAGAAUGAGGCUAGAAGAUUGAGAAACAAGGCUGCCAGAGCAAGAAGACAGACCAGAUUGGACGAGAAGAAGGAGUAA